AUGUUUAAGUCUGUUGUUUAUUCGGUUUUAGCCGCUGCUCUGGUUAAUGCAGGAACCAUUCCUCUCGGAGAAUUAGCCGAUGUUGCCAAGAUUGGCACUCAGGAGGAUAUAUUCCCAUUCUUGGGUGGUGCCGGUCCAUACUUCUCUUUCCCUGGAGACUAUGGUAUUUCUCGUGAUUUGCCUCAGGGUUGUGAAAUGAAACAACUGCAAAUGCUUGCCAGACAUGGUGAAAGAUACCCCACUUACAGUAAAGGGGCUACCAUCAUGAAAACAUGGUAUAAGUUGAGCAACUACACCCGUCAAUUCAACGGCUCAUUGUCAUUUUUGAACGACGAUUACGAGUUUUUCAUCCGUGAUGAUGAUGAUUUGGAAAUGGAAACCACAUUUGCGAACUCGGACAAUGUUUUGAAUCCAUACACUGGUGAAAUGGAUGCUAAGAGACAUGCUCGUGAGUUCCUAGCACAAUACGGGUACAUGUUCAAAAAUCAAACCAGCUUCCCCAUUUUUGCCGCCAGUUCUGAAAGAGUUCAUGAUACUGCUCAAUAUUUCAUUGACGGUUUGGGUGACCAAUUCAACAUCUCAUUGCAGACUGUAAGUGAAGCUAUGUCCGCAGGUGCCAACACCUUGAGUGCCGGUAAUGCGUGCCCAGGGUGGGAUGAAGACGCCAAUGAUGGCAUUUUGGACGAAUACGAUACCACCUAUUUGGAUAAUAUUGCCAAGAGAUUAAACAAGGAAAACAAGGGUUUGAACUUAACCUCAACGGAUGCUAACACUUUAUUUGCUUGGUGCGCAUACGAAUUGAACGCUAGAGGAUACAGUGAUGUCUGUGAUAUCUUCACUAAAGACGAAUUGGUCCGUUACUCAUACGGUCAGGAUCUCGUUUCGUUCUACCAGGAUGGACCAGGUUAUGAUAUGAUCAGAUCCGUCGGUGCUAAUUUAUUUAAUGCUACUUUAAAGUUGUUAAAGCAAAGUGAAACCCAAGACCUUAAGGUCUGGUUGAGUUUCACCCACGAUACCGACAUCUUAAACUAUUUGACAACCAUCGGAAUAAUUGACGACAAGAACAACUUGACUGCUGAAUAUGUUCCAUUCAUGGGCAACACUUACCAUAAGUCCUGGUACGUUCCUCAAGGUGCUCGUGUUUACACUGAAAAAUUCCAGUGCUCUAACGACACCUAUGUUAGAUAUGUCAUCAACGAUGCCGUCGUUCCAAUUGAAACCUGUUCCACUGGUCCAGGGUUCUCUUGUGAAAUCAACGAUUUCUACGACUACGCUGAAAAGAGGGUAGCCGGUACUGAUUUCCUAAAGGUCUGUAACGUUAGCAGCGUCAGUAAUGUCACCGAAUUGACCUUCUACUGGGACUGGAACACCACUCAUUACAACGAUACCUUAUUAAAACAAUAG